GAUCCCUUUCACCUCCCCUCGUUGAUUCUCUCGACAUCUCUUCCCUGAUUUUUGUUUCUCUGCGUUCGUCUUCUUCCUGCCGUCCCAAAUCUUGUCCCGAGCUGCGGAUUCACGGCUUGCAUUCGUUCAUUUCCGUUGCUGCAGCCUCCCUGCACACAACCUGUUCGACGAAACGCCUCCGAGCUCUGACCCCAUGGCGGAGGCGUCGGGCGACGGGGGCAUGGAAGACAAGAUCAGCGCCCUCCCGGAUGAGCUCCUCAUCCAUGUUCUCUCCCACCUGCGCUCACGCGAAGCUGUGCACACAUGCGUGCUGGCACGGCGCUGGCGAGACCUCUGGCAGUGGGUGCCCUGCAUCGACGUGUCUUUCAAGGAAUUCGCAGACAUGCCGUAUGAAGAUGAUGAUGAAGACGACUUUGAGUUCAAGAAGUUCGUCAACCGUUUGCUGAUGCUCCGUAGACCCGUUGACCUGGAGGCGUUCCGGCUCGAGUACAGGUUGCCCACCGACGGCGACUACGCUGAAGAUGACUCCGCCGGUGCUAACCUAUGGAUCGCCCAUGUGUUACAGUACAAGGCUCAGGCUGUCAAGGUUGUCACUCAGAACGAAUAUUUGCAGCUCGCACCUUCGGUAUUCACUUCAGCGUACCUGAAAAGACUGCACAUCUGCAAUGCUAAUCUGAUCCAAGGUUUCUUUAAGCACCUCCAAAUGGGCUGCCCAGUAUUGGAGUAUCUAUUGCUAUCGAACACCAACAUUCAGGACCUUGAUAUUUUCUCCAAUACACUGAAGGCUUUGACCCUCGCUGAUGAUGUUAUGUUCUCAUUUAACAAUGGUGACCAGGCUUCUAUUUCUGCUCCAAACCUCACUUCUCUGUCCUUCGAAUGGUGUCCUUCCGCGGCCAGGCUACCUGUACUAAAGAACAUGACAUCUCUAGAGACGGCGUCAGUAGUACUUUUAUGGGGGACAAUCAGAUAUUGUGAUGCGGAUGGUAUCAAGCAGUUUCUUGGAGGCCUCUCUCAUGUUAGAAGUUUGAACUUCUGUUAUGGUGUUAAAAAGGUGGAGAUGAAAGAUAACUACAGAUGGUGCCCAACAUUUGGUAAUCUUAUAAACCUGACUCUUCAUAGUUCGUGCGUGCAUGGAGACUUCUAUGCACUGAUAGUCUUCCUACAGAACUCACCUAGUCUAAAGAAGCUAACUCUUGAACUAUACCAGCGUGAAUAUCAAACGCAGGAUAUACCUACAAUCACUGGCGAGCUUGAGGACAGAUCAUUUACAUGUGAGCAGCUUGAGAUUGUUGAAAUCAUAUGCUCGGAGGGAAAUGAGCUGCUACCUUGGGUGAAUCAGUUCUUGCUUGAUAGUGGCAUAAGGCCUGAUCAGAUGCGUGUCAUUUACGAGGACUAAGGCCAAUGGAGGCAUUUGAUGAUUCAGGUCCCACUACAGGUGAAAUUACAUGGAAUCACACAUUGGAAUGUCAUCUCAGGCAAACAUUAUUUCCUAUUGGAUCUAUAUUCGCUCGCUCUGUUUUAGUUGGAAUGAACAUAGCAUGCGUGUUUGCUGCCCUUGCCUUUUUCAUACAGUAGUGAUGAUUUUGAAGCAUGUUCUGCUGAUGGUGAACCAAAAGAAACAUAUGACUUGGAUGUCAUUUUCCUAUGUGGUGCCAUUCUGGUAGAACGUCACACUACAUGAGACGUGAAAAAUUGCUUGUGCUGGUUGGAGUUUAUAUUGGUCCAAAUCUCCGAGGAUACUUUUCUUGUAACUGUUCUGUUAGCUCAUUCAGAUUUUGUGAUGUUAUUGAUCUGA